GAGUUCGUAUUGCGCGUGUGCGCUCUGUGUGUUGUCCACCGUGUACCAGUCUGUCUGAGCGCACAGCGGAUCUCCGCACUGAGACCAGAACCACCAUGGCUUGAAUUACACUACCUGCCAACCAUCCCAUUGUCUGUUGUCAUAACCAGCAUGCGACCCCUCGCUCUCUUUUUUUGACCGGAAAUAAAGGCGAAUCCCCGGACGGUCCGGAUUAAUUUUCUGCGCAUCAUUUGGACGGGCGUCUUUAGGAUGGAGCACAUCAGAACACCAAAGGUGGAAAAUGUGCGUAUGAUUGAUCGACGGACUCCGAGGAAGGCUACAGUGGGAACAUUAUACCUCUCCUCUACUCACACUAUAUUUGUAGAGAACUCGGAAGCCCGCAAAGAGACCUGGGUUCUGCACAGUUUGGUGAGUAACGUGGAGAGACUCCCAACAAACCCAUCAGGAAGUCCUGUCAUUAUCCGCUGCAAAAACUUCAUUGUUUACAGACUGCUGAUCCCACAAGAGAAGGACUGUUUAGAUGUGGUGGCUUCCCUCACUCGUCUCUCACGGCCAGAGCGCUAUGGAGAGCUGUUUUGCUUCUCUUUUAACCCAAACCUGGAUAAAGAAUUAAGGGAAAAGGCAUGGGGCUUCAUGGACCUGAAGGCAGAAUUCAAUCGAAUGGGAAUACCCAGCAACCUCUGGCAUGUCACAGCAGCCAAUCAUGAGUACAGAUUGUGUGACACCUACCCGUCAGAGCUGUUUGUGCCAAAGUCAGCCUCUCCUGCUGUGAUUGUGGGCAGUGCCAAGUUCCGGAGUCGAGGGCGUCUUCCUGUUCUCUCCUACUUCCACAGAGACACCAGUGCAUCGAUCUGUCGGAGCAGUCAGCCCCUCUCUGGCUUCAGCGCACGAUCCUCAGACGAUGAGCAGAUGCUGCAAGCGAUCAUGAAGUCAAACCCUGUCAGUGAGUUCAUGUAUGUGGUGGACACAAGGCCAAAGCUGAAUGCCAUGGCUAAUCGUGCCGCAGGGAAGGGCUAUGAAAAUGAAGACCACUACACUAACAUAAAACUUCAGUUCAUUGGCAUAGAAAACAUCCAUGUCAUGAGAAACAGCCAACAGAAGCUUAUAGAUGUCGGUGAUAUGGCGGCUCCCUCCAUGGCUGAUUUCCUCUGGGGUCUGGAAAACUCAGGGUGGCUAAAACACAUCAAAGCUGUACUAGAUGCUGGAGUCUUCAUCGCAAAGGCAGUGGCAGAAGAUGGAGUUAGUGUUCUCGUUCAUUGUUCAGAUGGAUGGGACAGAACAGCUCAGGCCUGUUCGGUGGCUAGUGUACUACUAGAUCCCUACUACAGGACUAUCAAGGGAUUGAUGGUUCUGAUUGAGAAGGACUGGGUGUCGUUUGGACACAAGUUUUCUCACAGAUAUGCUCAUCUUGACGGCGACCCUAAAGAGGUUUCUCCAGUCAUGGACCAAUUUCUGGAGUGUGUGUGGCAGUUGAUGCAGCAGUUCCCCUGUGCGUUUGAGUUCAACGAGCGAUUCCUAAUACAGCUGCACAUGCUCAUCUACUCCUGCCAGUACGGGAACUUUAUUGGCAACUGCCAGAAAGAACGGAGAGACUUGAAGUUACAGGAGAGAACACACUCUCUGUGGCCACAUCUGUGGGAGAACAGAGCUGAAUACACCAACCCUCUCUACAGGACAGACCACAGCCAGACACAGGGGGUUCUCAGACCUCUCACCACUGCCUACUGCUUCAAGUUUUGGAAGGGGAUGUACGGCCGUGCAGAGAGAAGUUUGUCUUCUCAGCAGUCUCCAGCAGACUGUCUGAACGCAGUGAGGGAGGAGUCACAGCAGCUGGAGGAGGAGCUUACAGCCCACCAGGAGAGACUUGCCCAGCUGAAGGAGAAGAAAACUUCAGGGGAGAGGAAGAAGAUCAGCAGGUUGUCUGAACGCGCUCGCCGUCCCACUCCGAAUGAGGGUGAACUCGACAGCCCUCAAGACUACUUCAGCACCCCGAGAGGCGAGAAACACACUCCUUCCUUCACACUGCCGCUAGAUCUAGCAGCCCAGACCAAGAACGGUGACCCUGAUGACCUUUCAACCUGCAGUGAUUUGGAGUCAGGGGUGGCUGAUCUCAGCAGCCACUCCUCCAGUGUUGGAGAUGACAAUAAAGACCCCGAUUCUGAAGAGGUGGUCAAAAUACCUGCCUGAAUUGAACAGAACUGGUAACAAUGAGGGAUAAAAGCAUAGUAACGGGUACCGAACUGGGAACUGUGCUGUUUUUUAAAUGUUAUUUUAUUUUAAAUGAACGUGUGAAUUUAUAUUUAAAUACAGUACGAGCACAAAUACACAUAUCAUGAAACAGUCUGAGGAAAAACACCUUUUGUCCAGUAAAGCAUUAUCUCAGUAUUUAAG